AUGUCCUCAGGAAACUCUUACAAAGCCAUACGAAUGAAAGUGAAGAUCAGUCAGGCUUUUAUCUUGGCUGCCUUGGCAGUGGCUGCUUUUGCCAGCUUACAUCAUGAGCCUAUCCACCAUCCCCAACCCUUCAAGUUCGGCUACAGUGUAAAGGACAAGCACGGUGAACAGCAUCGUGAAGAAGUCGGCGACGGAAAGAACGUGAAAGGAAGCUACGGAUUCACCGAUGCCAGGGGAAUCAAGCGACAGGUCAACUACGUCGCUGACCAUGCUGGAUUCAGAGCUCAAGUCAAGACCAAUGAACCCGGAACUGCCAACCAAAACCCUGCAGCCGUUCACAUCAUUUCUGAUGCCCCCUACGGACAUAGUGGAUACGCCGGAGUUGGAGGUGCAGGAUAUGGAUACGCCGGAGUUGGAGCAGCUGGAUUGGGCUACGGAUACGGUGGUCUUGGAGCAGCUGGUUUAGGAUACGGAUAUGCUGGAGUUGGAGGAUAUGGUGGCCUCGGCUAUGGAGGAUAUGGUCUUGGCAAUGGACGCCUUGCAGGUUUAGGAUAUGCUCGUUACGGGUUUUAA